CUUCACACACGCUAUACGUACACUACUAUACGUUCCUCUCGACUCAGACAUACCAUGCGCUUUUCAAUAUUCCGGCAUCUUCUUCUUGUUAUCAUGUCUCUUAUUGCUGGCGCCUGCAUCGGUCUUUCUGUUUUCGUUCAAACCGCCUUUGAUCAUAGAAGCGGCGUUAUCCUGAUGGUGUCUGUAGAAGCUAUCACUUUGCUACAAACCUUUGCUUCGGCAAACCACAAAUUCUUGUUCGGAAAGUCCCAAGCAGUUGCCCUAGACUUCGCUGCAGCAGUAUUAUUACUUCCGUUCUCUGCCAUCUUAUUCCUCUUCAUCUUAGACGUUGAGUUGGAUACUAAAAACGACGCCCUUCUCAACGCCCUUCUUGCCCUUCAAAUCCUGGUAAUUGCCAACACUUCCAUGAUUGCUGGAUAUGCGCUUUCUCUUGGUUUCAUUGCAUUGAUAACAGCUUGCUUUUUCGAUCCUGGUGUCUGGCAACGGGACAUUGAUUCAACACCUUCUCCGUUUCCUAUACGUUACGUCUUCUGUCGACUGUUUCUAUUCCUCUUCCCUUGUCUCUCUUCUGGUGAAGGCAUUACACAGUCUACUCCUGAAUCCGGCUCAGAUCACUCACCCGAAUUAUGUCUGCCUGGAUGUGACUGUGGAUCGAAACCAUCGAUGACGCAGAUAACUUCCAAUGAGAUCGAGCAUUCUGAAAACACCGUAUCUUCCAGCCAGGAUCAGAAUUCAGGCAAAUCUUCGAUGUCCUUGUCGAGGUCUCUCGUUAGACUCCCGGAUGAAGUGGAAAGGAGGACUUCAAUAGCGAUUUCUUUUGAAGUGUAGCUCCUGGAUCAGUAUAAUAUGCUUUCCGA